AUGGUGAAUAACGACCAAAUUUUUAGAGUUUGCAGGCAAACUUACCAAAAUUUUCAAAUACCUACUACAGCCAAUGAAGGUAAACGCAAAGAAAUGAAAGUAUUAGAGCCUCAGCAAACAUUGAUCGUGAAUCGUGAUAAAGCAUCUGUAGAACCCAGGCCAAAAACAAGCCCAGGCUUGAAUAAAACGGGCUCUGGCAGUGCACCGCCCCCACCGCCACCAAUACACCGAGAAGACGCUAAAAAGGAAAAACAUUCUGGCCACAAUUUGGAGCCAGACUACGAAGUCAUCGAAUUUGGCCAGUAUUCAAACGCACCGCCUUUGCACAAGAAUAUUCAUCCAGCACAAACCUCAAAACAUUGCCAACUAUGCGGAUCGACUUCCCCAAACGUCAGCGUCCACUGCGAACAGUGCAAACAGAAUUUUUGCUUGUCUUGCGACGACAUGUACCACAGACAUCCCAAAAGGCAGAAUCAUGUCAGACGAAGAAUCGAAGAAAGAGGAUUCCAGCCAAUCAGGCCCCCAUUGCCCCCCAAAGGCGAAGCCCCUCCGAUUCCUGUGCCUCCGCCAAGAAGACGACGAUCCGGCUCAGUAGGACCAUCACCGUGCCCCUCACCGACACCCACCAGACAAAGUCAGGCACACUCCUCAUUUACGAUGCCGCGCAAAGACAACAGCUUCAGUUUAAAAGAAAAAAUGAACAGUUUGAGAAGGGGGCUGACUUUAGGUAACAGGCCACUGCCUCCUACGCCUACCAUUUCUUCCAGAUCCAAUUCUCUAGUGUCUCAUGAAGAUUUCAGCCAGUUUCAACCACCCAGUCCUAGUCCAAGCCUUCAACAACGAUACAGACAGCAUCAGUUGGCAAUGCGAGGCACUACUCCAAACUUACCAAGCACCUCUUCCAGCAGAGAUUCUUGGGAACAAGAUCAAUGGCAAUUCAGAAACAGAGCUGAUAGUGUAUCAGGAUCUGAAACUGGUACCAGCAGAAUAUCGAGAAAGCUCAGCAACACUUCUUGUCCACCGGUUGGAAGGAACUUGCCUCACAGCGCUUCAGUUUUCGAUUUAAAUAAUCCCAUGCCUCAUCAUCAUCACGGAGGCUUUGUACCUGUACAACAGGCCCAUUCAAUGGCCCAGCUCAACUAUCCUUGUUGUCAAAACGCUUGGAUGGAACAGCAACAGCCUUGUUGCUUCGAUCCGGCUCACGGUAGCAACAUGAGUUUGAAUAUGGCUCAUGGUGGGUAUCCGGGUAAUCCUAUGUGGAUGGGUACCUGGCACGGACCGCCUCCUGGGAUAUAUCCGUAUGGAUUACCGCCUGUUCACGGAAGAUCCUGUUCCCAUUCUCGUCCAGCUUCGCCCACUCACAGCAUAAAAUCCCGCAAAUCUUCAAUGAGCAAAAAAUCACGUAGAAAGUACCGCGACGAAACUUCGGACGAAGAUUCCAACGAUUUGGACGAUAGACGAUCGGUUUUCAGUCACACCGAAAGAAGAUCAGUGGGAAGAUGCGGAGUUCGAGACCGGACACCUUCAAUGCCCAAAGAGACUUUGAAUCGAAGACAUUUGAGCGAAAGAGGUUCUGUAGGAGGCAGAAGUAGAACCAGUGUUGCAGCAGCUUCAUCUAGCGAAACUGAUGAUGAACAAAGCCCUGAUGAAGAAAAUAUCAACAAAGAUCCAGCAAUAAUAAUUGAAGAAGAGGAAACAAGUUCCAAUAAAGAAGACCAAAUCAAAAUACCAGAUUGUUCGUGGAUUUGUGAACAUUGCACUUUUGUCAAUGAAGCAGGCACUAGAGUUUGCAUUGUGUGCUGUAAAACACCUACAACUAAAGUAAAACUUGUUGAUAAAACAACUAAGAAGAUAGAAAGUUCUACUAAGAAAAUUGAAAGUUUAAAUAAAAAUCCAAAGCCACCAGUGGGAAGGUCAAUUAAACCAAAAACUAAAGUUGUGCAAAGUUUGAGCAGCGACGAUUACAGCGCCAAAGACUACAGCGAAACUGAAUCGAUGCAAAAACUCAACAUUUCUGAAGCUAAAAAAGCUACAGAAGAGAGCAAAGAAGCCGAGCUGCAAAAUAAUAUAGAAAAAAUUUCUACGGCAUGCGGUACUUCGCCCCCAAAAGAAACCACUUUGACAAUAAGUACUGGAACUUCACCUCCACCUCAAAGUAUGUUCACACAGACCUAUGAAGAAAUACAUCCAAAAUCUAUCCCCAAAAGUCCAAGUAUAAGAGGCAGUAGACAUCGCGAUUUAAAAAGAUCCCAAUCCUUGCACACAAGCUCAUCGAAACGAGGCUCGGAAUGGUCGUUGCACCGGUCUUCAAGCCGACAAAGUUUUACUACAGAUUCACAAAGCCUUCCUGGUAGUAGAGAACCAAGUCCGAUGCCCUACGACUACGAAGAUGCAGCUUACAUUGAAAAACCAAGACUACGCAAGCCUCAAACAGUGAGCCCAAGAUUGUCAAUGAGCAUUAUGGAUCUUAGAAGGCCCGAUUUGUACCACAGAAGGCCUCAGCAGGACUAUUACAGGGAGCCUCCAAGUCACCAACAGAGAAGCGAGUCUUUGCACCCUGAAUUUUUCGAUUCUGGCUUCGAACGAAGGGACGCCUAUAAGAAUCAGGGUAUGGAGCUUGUGAAGUUGUUAAGGGAUAAAAACCCCAUAGAAUGGCUGAAAGAACACUGGGACGCUAUUAUAUCCAGCGUCCAGACGCUGGCAACCCAAAUGGGCCGAGAAGGACCGAUGAACAUUGUCGGUACCGUCUCGGAAAAAGAAGCCAGAGACGCCUUAAGAUCGAACAAAGGCGAUUUGUGGCCUGCUGUCCAGGAUUGCGUCGAACAACGACAAAGAAAGUACGCAGAAUUGGCCAGUAGGGGUGAAUUUGCCAGAGAAGAUAUAGUAACAGUCUUAACAAUUAAUCACGGUGACUUGGAGGCUGCUUAUAGUGAAUUGAGUAAAACUCAAAUUAAACCGUUUUUAAUGAGGAUUUGGGGCCCGCCUACUGGGAUUGAAAAUGAGGCAGGUAACGAGGGGGCGACGCUGCAUAAAUUCAGGGGGAAAGAUGUUUUAAGUGAAGAGGAAAAACAAUUAAAAUCCAAAGCCAAAGCGGUAAGUCUCGAUAGUGAUAGUAAGUCUUCCCCUGAAAAUGUAAGUAGCCCCACAAACAUCAAUCAAGAAGAUAAGCAUCCUAAUUACCAAAAAAUAACCAAAGUAGAACCUCAUCAAAUAGUUUUUACGCAACCAGAAGUGCCCCAAAGCCCUAAAGUUUAUGUAGAAAAAAGCAGCACAGUAAUCCAAGUUGUAGACAGUGUCGGUUUCGAUUCAGCAAACUUGCAAAGCCCUGCAGCUGAUUCUAGUAGCUCAAGUGACGAUAUUUUUGGAGAUGAACAAUUCGAAGAUGCUUGCGAAGAUGAUGAAAUCAACCAAGCAGGUUCAAGUUUACCUGAACCCAAAAGAAGUAUUAGUAAAGUUGCUAUUCAGUUGAUCAACACACCUAUUCAAGUUGUUGAUCAAAUAUGGCCAAAAAUGGCUGAGAUAAAAGAAAGUACUGCCCAAAUUAUGCUUAAAAAACCUCAGAAUGAGACUAAUUGUGAACCUUUGAAGUUUGUCGAAAAUAAAAUUUAUGAAAAUUCCAUGCUUAUUGGUGUUGAAAAGACUGUAGUGGUCGACUCAAAGAAUUUAAAAAUACGUGAAGAUAUUCCUGAAAGUUCUGAGGAAGAGCAAAUAGUUAGUGCUGAUCCAAUCAUUAUUGAUGAAAUAAAAGAUGAGGUUAUUGAAGAUAAUAUUGUCAAGAAAUGUGAAGAUAGUGCUUCUUUUGAAGCAGUUGGACAAAUGAGUAUCAGUGAGAUUGAGUAUCAUGAUGCUGUAGAAAUUGAUGAUGUUGUAGAUGUAAAUAUUGAAACUCUAAGUCCUAGCGAAGAAGUUGCAGCAAAAACGAAUAUCAAUGUUGUUAUAAAUGCUGAAGAAAUAGAAGUCAAGUAUCAAGAUGCUGUAGAAGUUGAAAUCGAAGAGGAUUCUACAGCAAAUGCUGACGAUAAUGAUAAGGAAAAAGUCAGUAUUUUGGAUGUCACAUCAAAAAUUGAUGAGGUAGUUGAAAAUAAUGAUGCCAAUAUAGUCGACAAAGCUUCAACUACUAGUAAUAUAAUAACUGAUGGAUCAAAACUUGAUGAGGAUUUCAUUAUAAAUUCUGAAAUAUUAGAAAUCGAGUAUCAUGAUGCUGUAGAUGUUGAAAUCGACAACGAUGCUACACCAAAUGCUGAAAGAUUUGCAGAUGAUACUGUAGCAGUUGAAGUCGAAGAAAAUACUAAGGAAAUCAAUGAGGAUGUUGCUACAAUAACUGAAAGUGCUGAUAAAUCAAAAUGUAAUGAGGCCUUUGUUGUAAGUACUGAAGCAGCAAAAGUAGAAGAAAAUUCUACAAUCACUGAACAAGGACGAAUCAAAAAAUCUCCUACUCCUAUCAGAGAUGUAAUUGUUGAAGAAAUUGUUGCUAUAGCCAGUGAUAACGUAGCAACAAAUAAAAAUGAAGACAUUAAUAAUAAUCAAGCAGCAAUACAAAAUAUAGAAGGAAAGUUGAAUCAACAAGAAGAACCAAUGGUGUCAAAAGUAAAAUUAGAUAUUGUUGCCCAAGAUAAAAGUUCCUUAUUGCCUCCCAGCGGUGCUAAAAAACAGAAAAAAUCCCGAAGAAAAGCUCGUCAAAAGCACAGAAAAGCCAUAUUAAUAAGAACAGAAAGUACUACUAGCAGUGCAACUGAGUCCAGUGAUCUAUCUCCAACUAUUGAAGAACCCAAAUUCAACCUUGAAAUGCCACCAGAACCUGAAGUGAUCGAUGAUAGAGCCAGCCACAAUAAGUUAGAAAGAAAGAAACCUUUAAAAAAAACUGACAGCCAAAAGUAUUCCAAAUACAAAAACAUGCCAAUAAAACCAAUACCUUACUCCCCACUAGAAGAAAAACCCGAAUUUGUAUUAUCAGAAUCUGAAAAGCUUCUGCCAGAAGAAAAAUCUCUACUCAAAUCGACAACGAAAAUACAAAUGCCGCAAAACAACCAAGCACCCAAAAAGAAACCAUCGAAAAUUCCAAUAAUUUCCAGACAAAAUUCCCUUAGCAAAGAACCAAAAAGUCCUUCAUUGAAAAGCAGUACCAGCAGCAAAAUACCGGUGAGAUUGAAGAGUAAGAGUCCACCUAAAACUACUGCUGAAGAAAAUUCUGAAGAGACACCAAGUAGCUCAAAACCUAUUAAAAGCAUUGCUCAAUCUUCAUUUAAAAGCUCAUUUGAAUCAAACGCUAGCUCAAAGAAAAUGUCUUACACCAAAAGCUUGGAUUACGACAGCGACAGCUCAGUUUCAGAUAGUAAUAUCGAAGAAUUAUUGUCUGACAAUGAGAAUUUUGAUGAUUUUGGUGACGACAAGUGUGAUUCAGAUCAAAAUAAUCCAAGGGAAACAUUGAAUAUUAACUUGAAUCAAAUCAGUAAAACAGUGAAUCAGCUGACGUCAAAUUUGGAUAGAAAAAAUAGCUAUUCAAUUGAAGAAACUUGCGAAUCUGAAGAUUACGAGUCGGAAUCUGAAAUUGAAGUGGAUGAAACUGAAAGUAGUGAAGAAGAGUUUAUUGGUGAUAGUUUUAAAAAUGAACCAAUAAUUAUCAGUGAAGCUGAGAGACAGGCAAGAAGAUUUUUGGCCGAAGGCCAAGUAAAAAACUAUGAACAAGCUGAGCUAGCUGCGAGCCUCGUUGGCAUGAAUUUUUCUGCAGAAGAAGCCCUGGAAGCGGUCAGAGACUGUAGCAGUUUGGAUGCUGCUAUUGCUUACUUGCAGCAGGAUUGUGAACUUUGUGCAGGCAAAUAUCCCAUGAAUAAGGCAAGACAUAAAAAUCUUCAAAUGUUUAGACUUUUAUUGAUUCAAUUUCAGAUUAUUUCUAUGCUAAAAUGCACUCAUCGUUGCUGUCAAGAGUGCGCCAAAAAUUACUUCACAGUACAAAUCACUGAUAGAAGUAUAAUGGAGUGUAAUUGUCCGUUUUGUAAAGCUCCUGAACUAAAUCACAACAGCGCAACCGAAGACGAAAUUUCCGAUUAUUUCGGUAACCUAGACAUUCUACUCAAAGGCAUCAUAGAUCCGCAAGUUCACGAACUGUUUCAACAAAAACUGCGAGACAGGACUUUGAUGCAAGAUCCGAAUUUCAAGUGGUGCGUCCAGUGUUCGUCCGGAUUUAUUGCCCAUCCCAGACAGAAACGACUCAUUUGUCCCGAUUGUAAAUCUGUUACCUGUGCAAACUGUAGAAGACCAUGGGAAAAACAACACGAAGGCAUCACAUGUGAAAAGUUCAUCGAGUGGAAAGACGCAAACGACCCAGAAAACCAAGCUUCAGCUGUAGCCAAACAUUUGGCCGAAAACGGUAUCGAUUGUCCCAAAUGCAAAUUCAGAUACUCGUUAUCCAAAGGCGGUUGCAUGCACUUCACCUGCAUCCAGUGCAAACACGAAUUUUGCUACGGCUGUGGAAAACCGUUCAUGAUGGGUGCCAAAUGUGGCGUGAGUCAGUACUGUGCCAAAUUAGGUUUGCACGCUCACCAUCCGAGAAAUUGUUUGUUUUAUUUGAGAGACAAGGAGCCUCACGAGUUGCAAAAACUACUCAAGGAUCACAAAGUUAAGUUCGAUACAGAAUUAAUCAUGGAUAAAGAAGAAAAUGUUGGUGCAAUCAAGAAAUGUCCAGUUGCGCUGCAACGAGAAACACCUAGCGGAUUAAUUGAUACUAUUUGUAGUAACGAAGUUAAUCCUGGACAAGCUGGAUUGUGCAGAAUGCACUACAUAGAGUAUUUGUGUUUUUUGAUUCGUAAAAAUAAAAUCGAAACAAUUGAGAUAUUGCAAGAGGACGAUUUGGAAACUGUCGUGAGGAGGGCGAAUAGAAAGUUGCCUCCUAACGCUUACGGUACCCCUAAGGGGAUGCAGCACUACAUCGAGUACUUAGUGGGGCUGAUAUUCAGACACAAACUGGACCCGAUUUCGAUUUUGGACUUGGUAGAAGUCAACCAGGAGCUGCGCAGACGAGGCAAAGAGUUGCCGGAACGAGGCCCCUGGUGCGACGACAAGCAGUAUAGGGAAAUGUGCGCUAAGAUUGUUAUGGACCAAAUACCGUUGGAAUGAACCCCAACCACUUAUAUUUUGAUUCCUUCAUAUAAGCGCCUUGCAGAAGUUGAAGAUGGAAAUUUGUAAUGAAGUUAUUUAAUUUAUCAUUUUCGCUGGAUUGAAAUCCAUCUUUAGCUAAAAUUCGGUAUUUCUUAUUUAGUUUGAAGAUGUCUAAAUAGGACAAACUGAUUGUUCUUUUAGUGAAAGCCACAGUCUACACAUUUUUUUUAAGAUUUUUAUUUUAUUUACCUUUUAACUUUCCCUGAAAUACAUGAUAAAGAAAAUAUGGAUUA